UGUUCCGCUCCGGAGUAUCCGGUGCGGUCAGAGUUGACAGAACUCGAGAAAGCGCAAAGGAGUCGUGGUCCCCGCGGCACAGAUGCGGAUCUGAGGCUCGCGGCGCCACCCGGGUGACCAGGGCCAGGACAGGGACCGCGGCGCCCGAGGCCCCUUCCUGCUCCCGCCCCGCCCACAGAGUCCGAUGGCGGCGGCCGCGCCGAGGGGCCCGGCUCAGGAUGGUAUUACCUUUGACGACGUGGCCGUGUACUUCUCCUGGGAGGAAUGGAGGCUCCUGGAUGAUGCUCAGAGGCACCUGUACCACGAUGUGAUGCUGGAGAACUUUGCACUUGUAUCCUCGUUGGGUUGCUGCUGUGGAGGAGAGGACGUGGAGGCGCCCUUUGAACAGAGCAUCUCUGAAGGAGUGUCACAGACCAGCACCUCCAAGGCAGCUCUGUCUUCCCAGAAGACCCACUUCUGUGAGAGCUGUGGUCCAGUCUUGAGAUACAUACUUCAGUUGGCUGAGCACCAAGGAACAUCACACAGCCAGACAGCGUUUGAGUGUGGGGUACGUAUGAAACAGUUUUAUUUUAGUGCACAUCUCCAAAGACACCACACACAGCACCUGAGAGACAAACCCUUCAGAAGCAGUGGAGAUAGGACCUUCUUUGUGAAGAACUGUAAAUUCCAUGCUUCAGAGAAGCCCUUGACCUGCGAUGAAGUUGGGAAGAACUUCCCGGCCACCUCAGAACAUGUGCAGCAACAGACCACUCACACCAGAGAGGAGCCAGACAGAGUCACCCAGUGCUGGGCAACUAUACCAAACGGGAAAAGUCCCUUCUCCUGGGGACAGUGUAAGAAAGCCUUCAGCCCUCUACAUACACAUAUUCAGGACCGGGAUGUCCAUACCGCAAGACAGUGUUUCGUGUGCAGCGACUGUGGGAAAACAUUCAGGUACAAAUCCUCAUUUGUUGUUCACCAGCGAGUGCACACUGGUGAAAGGCUUCACGUGUGUGGCGACUGCGGCAAAUCUUUUAGGCGAACCUCAGUCCUCAAUCAGCAUCGAAGAAUUCAUACUGGGGCAAAGCAGUACAAGUGCGGCAAAUGUGGCAAGUCCUUUAACCAAAAAUUUGUCCUCAUCUAUCCGUGGAGAAGUCACACUGGAAAAAACUGUGACUUGUGCCGUGAAUGUGUGCAAUCUUGUAGCCGUAGGUCCAUCCUUAUCCGACAGCGGACAGUUCACACUGGAGAAAGGCGUUACGAGUGCACUCGAUGCGGGAAAUCCUUUCGGCGAAAAUUCUACCUCAUUAUCCACUGGAGAGUUCACACUGGAGAAAGGCCUCACGAAUGCCGUGAAUGCGGAAAAUCUUUCACCAGUAAUUUAGUACUUAUUCUACACCGGAGAGUGCACACAGGAGAAAGGCCUUUUGAGUGCAAUAAAUGUAGGAAGUUUUUUACCAAUAGUUCGAUACUCAUUUUACACCAGAGAGUACAUACUGGAAAAAGGCCUUUUGAAUGCGGCGAAUGCUGGAAAUCCUUUAGCUGUCAAUCUUACCUCACUCAACACCGGAGAGUUCAUGGUGGAAAAAGGACUUACGAGUGUAGUGAGUGUGGGAAGUCUUUUACCUCUCGCCCUGGCCUUCGUUAUCACGAGAGUGUUCACAAUGGAACAAGGUCUUACGAGUGCAGUGACUGUGGGAAAUCUUUUACUUCUCGCCCUGGCCUUCGUUAUCAUCUGAGAGUUCACACUGGAAAAAGGCCAUAUAAAUGCAGCGAAUGUGGAAAAUCUUACAGCCAAAGGUCCAACCUCAUUCAACAUCAAAGAGUGCACACAGGAGAAAGGCCUUAUGAGUGCGGCGAGUGUGGGAAGUGUUUUACCUCUAGCUCUGCCUUUCAUUACCAUAAGAGAGUUCACACCGGAGAGAGGCCUUAUCGGUGCACUGAAUGUGGGAAAUCUUUUUUGUCUUGUUCCAAUCUCAGUAAUCAUCAGAGAGUUCACACGGGAGAAAGACCUUAUGAGUGCAGCGAAUGUGGGAAAUCGUUCAUCCAAAAAUAUCACCUUCUUCUACACCAGAGGGUUCACACGGGAGAAAUGCCUUAUCAGUGCAGCGAGUGUGGGAAAUCUUUUUCGGCUGGUUCCAACCUCAGUAAUCACCAGAGAGUUCACACGGGAGAAAGGCCUUAUGAGUGCAGCGAAUGUGGGAAAUCGUUUAUCCAAAGACAUCACCUUCUCACACACCAGAGAGUUCACACGGGAGAAAGGCCUUAUCAGUGCAGCGAGUGCGGGAAAUCUUUUGCAUCUGGUUUCAACCUCAGAAAUCAUCAGAGAGUUCACACGGGAGAAAGGCCUUAUGAGUGUAGUGAAUGUGGAAAAUCCUUUAUCCAAAAGUGUUACUUUCUUAUCCACCUGAGAGCUCACACGGGAGAAAGGCCUUAUGAGUGCACCGAAUGUGGGGUAUCUUUCACCACUAGGAGGAAACUUCGUUAUCACCAGGGAAUUCACACUGGAGAAGGGCCUUAUGAGUGCAGUGAAUGUGGGAAGUCUUUUGCCUCUUGUUAUGCCCUCCGUGACCAUCAGAGGGUUCAUACCAGCAAAAGGCCUUAUGAAUGCACUGAAUGCGGGAAGUCCUUCAGAGCCAAUUCUUACCUCGUCGAACACUGGAGAGUUCACACUGGAGAGAAGCCUUAUCGGUGCGGCGAAUGCGGGAAAUCUUUUUCUUCUGGCUCCGGCCUUCGUUAUCAUCAGAGUGUUCACACCGGGGUGAGGCCUUACGAGUGUAACGAUUGUGGGAAAUCUUUUCCCAAGAGCUCGGCACUCAUUCGACAUCGGAGAACUCAUACAGGAGAAAGGCCUUACGUGUGCAGUGAAUGUGGGAAGUCUUUUAUCCAAAGACAUCACCUUAUCGUCCACCAGCGAGUUCAUGCAAGAUAGAGGCCUUAUGACUGCAGUAUCUGGGAAAUUCUUUAGCCAUAAAUCAUAGCUUUCUCAACACUAGAGAUUUCGUACUGGGAAAAGAUCUUAAAAGUGAGGUGAAGGUAGGAAAUCUACUUAUAUCUCUGGACUUCGUUAUCAUCUGAGAGUUCACACAGGAUAGAGGCCUAAGGUGUAGCAAAUGUGGACAAUCUUACCCCAAGGUCGAUGCUCUUUCAUCGCUGGAGAGUUCACAUGGGAGAAAGACCUUAGGAGUGCAGGGAAUGUGGGAAAUCCUUUUGCCAAAGAAUUCACCUCAUUAUACACUGUAGAAUUCACUCUGGAGAACGACCUUAGAUGUGCAGGGAAAUGUGCAAUUCUCUUGUUCCGUGUAACGACACAAGAAGAAACCAUAAGAAGCCAUUUGUCAGAACUGAAUCUCACACGUCCAGUCAUCCACAGUUGGGAGCCUUCCCAUAAGUCUUAGUGAUGCGUAGAAACACGUGCGUCUACAUUGCCCUUUCUAACUUGCCCAGGGCUCCUUCCAGAUCUACGUCACUGACAUUUUCUAUUGUAAAAGCCAUUUUGUUUCUACUUCUUGCCAAGUUCCCACAGUUUGCAUCCGUCACCACUCCCAUGUGCUCAGGGAAGCUGACCUCUGUCAUCUCAUGUAUUGGAGAAAAUUAGGACUAGCCUGAGCCCUUCGGAGUUCACAUUCCCUUUUCUCUGACUUGCUUGGGCAAGAACCUGACUCAGUCUUGGCAGAAGAAUCCCAUGAGUUUGCUCGGCAACUUGGAGAAGGGUGUUUUUCAGGGAUAUGUUCUCUCUUGCAUUUUUUCAGCUUUCAAGUCACCAACUCGAACUGUUGCCGUGCAUUGCUUUGGUUUGUACAAUACGGAUGCCUUACUGUUUUAAGUCCUCUUUCUACUUACUGCGUGGAGUGUUUUACAUACACAUUUUGGUUCCACAAUUUUGACGGGUGAAGUUUUUAUAGGGGUCUCCAACUUUGUGUUCUUCGUGGGGCAGCAUGAUCGCAAAAAACAGCUCACCAGUGUUUGCCAAAUUUGCAUUCCUACCAACGAUCUCCUAGGAAAGACUGCAGGGUUCGCCAGUUCUCAUCGGAAGCCUGGAUGCUAUGAGUUUUAGGAAACACAGAGAUCAGUCACCCCGAGGAGGGGGCAGAAUGUGACAUUCUCAGGUGCUUCUUGGAGCAGCAUGAAUUUUUCCCCGUUGUUUACAGGGGAUAUCUCAGGGGAUAGAGAAGGGAAUCCCUUCCCCAGGUCCUACGAAGAUCUGUGUGCCCUCAUGUCCACGAUUCUGUGGGUGACGGUCGCUGAUUGUAAGACCAUAGGGGUCAGGAAACCAUGACUACUAUGGAAACAACACAAGAUUAACAGGGAUUGGAGGACACUGUAGCCAGCUCGAUGAAACACGCCUCUUCAAAAGUGAAUCCAUAAAUGUUUCUGUCACGGUGACCAUGCGGAUCAGUGCGUACACAAAUCUCAGGACCUCCAGGCGUGUUUAUCUUGUGUAGCCAAAGUCUUUGUCAGAGAAAGCCUCUCAGUGAUGAUCGCCUAAAGGGUGUCGUCACGCAGGUAGGCGAACAAAGUUAAGGGGUCUAGAGAUGUGGCUCUUGUGACCCAGCCAGCAUUUCUGUUGACUGAAGUCGAAAUGUCCUGUAUUACUAUCCAACAUUUGCUGCCACUGAGGCAAGACCAACCCUCAGAGGCAAUAGGACAAAGUUGGUGGCGUCAGCAUAGGAAAUAGUCAAACCUGUUUCCCAAAAAGAGUGGGACACACAGGUUUUUUUUUCUUGAGCCAUUUUAAAGCUUUUUAAAGGUAUGAUUUACAUGUAAUAAGCUACACACAUUUAAAAUGUAUUUGAUAAGCUUUGACAUACUUAUGAAACUGUGAAAACGUAACAGCCAUGGUAGUGACUAAAUCUGUCACUGUAUUUUUGCCUCAAGUCCUUUUAUAAUUUCUCCCUGCCCUUCACAGCCCUCCAAAUAAUCAUCGCUUUACUUUUCCUUAGUGUAGAUACCUUUGCAUUUUCUAGAAUUUAUAAGAUGGGAAUCAUUAGAUGUUCACCUGGUUUUUUUCUCUGGUUUCCUCCAUGUUGCAUUAUCUGAGAUUCAUCAAUGAUGUAAGUAACUCAGUUUUUCAUUUCUGUCUUUGAAUAUAUUACAAUUGGUUUAUUCAUUUAUCUCUAUAUGGACAUUUGGGUUAUUUCCAAUUUUUUUUUUACCAUUGUAAAUUAAGCUUGUACGAACCCAUGUGUACAAUUUUUUAUAUGACAUGUUCCACUUAUCUUUUGUCAAUAGAGCGAAAUGUUUGAGUCACAGGAUAGGUGAAUGUUAACUUUUGAAGAAACUAACAAAUGACGAUCUAAAAUGACUGUACCUCUCUUCAUUCUUAUUAGCAGUUUGUGAAUUUCAUCUCUCCACAUUAUCAUGAAUACUUGGUUUAAUUUGUCAUUUUUAGCCCUAUUAAGUAGUUUAUAGUGCUGUCUCACUGUGGAUGUAAUUGCAUUUCCCUAGGGAUUAUCAAUGAGGAGUUUGUCAUAUGUUUAGUUGCUAUCUGUAGUCUGGUAAAAUGUCUGCUUAUAUCUUUUGCCUAUUUUAUGAAUUUUGGCCAUUUUCCUUUUCUUUACCAACUAGGACGGCGAAGCAACAAGGGUGUAUGUUGGAAUUUCACUCGUUUUUUUAAUACCGCAAUGACUUCUUUGUUUGAUGGAUUGCUUUCAAUACCGGAAGAAUAUAUCUUUUGUUUUUUUUCUCCAAAAUCUUCGUGCUAUACACAAUGUAAUGGAAACAUAUACCACACACUUUGGAGAUUAAUCUGCACUGUUAACAUAUUCUUCAUCUGUUUUGUAAGGCCAGGCAUUCAGUAAUACGGCAAUGCCUUGCUGUGUAGCGUUUGCCCAUUUUCCUGGUCUGUCACGUCACUGGUGGAUUGGGACAGAUGGGAGACUCUUG